CACACAAGAUUCUGUAUCCAUCAGAAGCAAGAUGAAGUGGACAGUUGUUCUUUGCGCUUUGAUCACUCUUUCCGAGUGCAUCCACAAGAUUCCUUUGUAUAAGGGGAAAUCUGCCAGGGAAACUCUGGAAGAACAAGGUUUGCUGAAAGAAUACUUGAAGACCCACCCAUACAACCCAACUAUCAAAUUCAACCCAGUCUUGGCCCAGACCUCAGAUGAGCCCCUCACAAAUGACAUGGAUCUGUCCUAUUAUGGGGUCAUCUCCAUUGGAACCCCACCCCAGUCCUUCAAGGUCAUCUUUGAUACUGGAUCUGCCAACCUCUGGGUGCCCUCUGUCUAUUGCAACAGCUACGCCUGCAACAACCACAAUAAGUUCAACCCAAGCCAGUCUUCCACCUACCGUUCUACCUCCCAGACCGUCUCCAUCCAGUACGGCACUGGAGCCAUGACUGGUAUCCUGGGAUACGACACUGUGACUGUUGGCAGUAUUGUUGACAAUAACCAGAUCUUUGGCCUGAGCGAGACUGAGCCUGGUAGCUUCCUCUACUAUGUUGUAUUUGAUGGAAUCCUUGGGCUCGCCUACCCCUCCAUCUCCUCCUCUGGAGCCACCCCAGUGUUUGACAACAUGAUGAACCAGGGGCUGGUGUCUCAGGAUCUCUUCUCUUUCUACCUGAGCCGCGAUGGCCAGACUGGCAGUGUGGUGACUUUUGGUGGCAUUGAUCCAUCCUACUACACUGGACAAAUCUACUGGGUCCCUGUCACUUCUCAGACCUACUGGGAGAUCACUAUGGACAAAGUUACUGUUAAUGGCCAAACCGUUGCCUGUUCUGGUGGCUGCAGAGGUAUUAUUGACACUGGCACCUCUCUGGUUGUCGGCCCUACCAACGACAUCAACAACAUUAAGGCCUGGGUGGGUGCCACAACCAACCAAAAUGGACAGUCCACUGUGAACUGCAACAGUAUUGGCAGCCUGCCUGUGGUCACCUUCACCAUCAAUGGAAUUGACUUCCCUCUGCCUUCCUCUGCCUACGUUUCCCAGAGAAGCUCUGGCUGCUCUACUGGCUUCAGUGGAAGCAAUGACCAGCUCUGGAUCCUGGGAGAUGUCUUCAUCAGGGAGUACUACGCCAUCUUCGACAGGAGCAACAACAUGAUUGGGCUGGCCCAGGCUGUUUAAACUAAACAGCUACCAGCUAUUUUCAAGUGAUAUUCUGCUGUCAUCACUCUCCCUAAAGUAUGGAUUUGUAAAAAAAAAUAAAGCAGUAUUGUA